AUGAGGGAACGGGCAGCUAACUACAAAAUCCCAGCCCUGGAGCGGACGUCGUCAGUGGCACCCGCUGGCAGCUGGCGGGGACGACGGGCUGCAGGGGUGUCGCCGCCAGCUGCACCUGGGCCCCACAAGCCCAUCCCUCCCCGGGCGGGUGGUGGGGCCCCCCCAGGCACCCCUCCAUGCACACCCUUUGGAACUUCGGCCCAGCUCUUUGACGCGGUCCCUCGCCCAUGCUGUUUUGGUUUGUUUCUCCCGUCACCAUCAACAUCACAAACCUUCACCUUCACCUCCUCGCACAACCUCUUCGCCUCGCACCCUCAACCCGCACCCACUCUGUCACGCAUCUGCACCGACCCUCGUAUCAUCAACGCUCCCUCUCCGCUUCGCACCACCAUCUCUUUACCUCGAAACUCAACCACCGAGCUUCACCUCGGCAGCCACUCCGAAGCUCGACGCUCUCUCUUCGACGAACGCAUCGUUCGUUUCCGUAUGUCCCCCACCCGCCAACUCGCAAUGAUGGCGUGUAAAAAUCCGCCUCGUGCUCAUAGUGUCCACCCCAGUGCCUCGUUCGCCAUCGCAAUGGCUGCCUGGGCGACCCUCAAGGUCGUCGACCUCAAGGCCGAGCUUAAGCGCCGUGGCCUUCCCCAGGGUGGCCUCAAGGCUGAACUCGUUGCCCGCCUCGAGGCCGCUGAUGAAGAGGCCGGUUCUCCUGCGGAGCUUGCUCAGACUGACGCCGCCGCCCGUGUGUCUCCGGAACACGAUGGCGAGAAUGGAGAUGUCGCAAAGCUAGAUGCGGCCCAGGAUGUGUCUGAAAAUACCUCCCAAGAGACUGGUGAUCAACCAGUCGACGCUGGCAUUCCCCCACCCACCCCUAUUAGCGACCCCGAGUCGGGAGCUGCCCCAGGUGAAGCGCUUCGCGACGCCGGUGAGAGUGAAGACAAGCAGCCAGAGCACCACGAGAGCUAUGAAAUGCAUGGGGCUCUUGCACCAGAGUCCUCUGUCCCCUUGUCAGACACCGCAGCUGCUUCCAGUCUUUCCCCCGGCGCGGAUGCCCUCAAAAACGAUUCAGUUCCCGAAGCCAGCGCUGAGGACCUCAAGCGAAAGAGACGCUCCGCAAGCCCUACCCCCAAGGAGAUGGACGUGAAGCGAAAGCGAGCUCAAGAGGUCACCCAAGACGGUAGCCAGCAGUCGUUUGCCGAACCCGACGCGUCCAUUCCUGAAAGAGCUGAAGCCCAGCCGAAUGCGUCCGAGGAGAACGCCGCAGCAGCCACGGAUGACUUUGACAACGAUGUAUCGUCAGAGACCUCGCAGCCGAACAUUGCCCCCUCAAUGCACGCCAACACUCGCGCCAUUUACAUCAACAACCUCAUGCGGCCCUUGCAAGAGAAGGCCCUCAAAGACCAUAUGGUAGACCUUGAACAGCCUACAGGCGGCAACGGCGACGGAAAUGUCAUUGAAAGUCUCUACCUCGACCCCCUCCGCACGCACGCUUUUGUUGUUUUCAAGUCCGCAUCGUCCGCUGCCCGCGUUCGUCGCCGUCUUCACGGUCGUGUGUGGCCCCCAGAGAGCAAUAGGAAGGCCCUCUUCGUCGACUUCGUCCCCCCUGACAUGGUCGAUGCCUGGAUUCGCACCGAAAAGACUAGCAACAGCGGACGGGGUCAGCGCUGGGAGGUCGUUUACGAAAGUGUGGGAGACGCAUCAACAUUUGGAGCAUCUCUUCGAUCCACGUCCGUUACUGGCCCUCCGACGGCCGCGCCUGGCGCUGGCGCGCCACCCAGACAGGCGCCGCCGGGCGUUGUGGGCGCUCCGACCGGACCUCGUGGGCAUCGCGCUCCAAACACUCGCCCAGACAGCCGCUACCAGCCUGGCACAGGCUCUGCCCCGGGAGCCAACUUCUACCAUGAUCGGUACCGUACAACCGCCCGCCCGUGGGUCUAUGUCCGCGAGGUGCCUUUGGCGCUAGUGGAUCGGCGUCUCGCCAACAUGCAAAGCUACUAUGGCUAUGCUCCUGACCCCAGGUCCGAUGGGGAGAUUAAUCGCUAUUCUUUCCAGGGCAACCACGUCUUCGUUGACCGCGGCAGAGAGAACUUUGCUGGGGUCCGUCCUCCCCACCGCCAGCAGGGAAUGGAACGCGGCCGCGGAGGGCGAGGCGGAGGUCGCGGUGGAGGUCGUGGCCAGUCCCGCGGCGGCGGAUAUGGCUUCGGACGCGACCGCUACGUCCCUGCCUAA